AUGGAUCAGUUUAGAAUAAAAAAUCGUGAAGAGUUGGAAGAGCAUGAAAAGAAAUUAGAGGAAGGAGAUGAGAAAGAAAAAAAUCUUCCUUUUGGGGAAAAAUUCGCAUUUCAAAUGAAAUAUUUUUUUGACAAUGGAACCUUUCUACUGCUGCCUACUCCUUAUAGUUCUGACAAUAAUUUCUUUUUUCAACAAACCGAGUGUAAAUAUACCGAAGGAAAGGUUUUCGAUAAAACCUUUUUUCCAUCCCGUCGAGAAGGGGAGGAAUCCAUGGUUUUAACUAUGACUCCGGGCAUGAAAAGAAGUGAUAUAAUUUGA